ACCUUUACAUUUUGUUUGAUUUUCAACAGCACAUGUGCUUUGGCUGUAUUGUAGAAAAGCAUAUAACAAUUAACAAUAAAACAAAAUUGUCGAAGAAAAUAGUUUUUACUUUUUUGUUGCUUUUUGUUGACAUUUGUGUUUAUAAGCACAAGUAUAUAAUAUACGAUAUAAAAGCCAUAAUUAUAUUCAAAUUAUCAUGGUACACAUGAAGAAACAACCUAGAAAAACGCGACGUCAGUUGCAAGCAGAGAAAUUGUCAGAAGCUAAAAAAUUGACUAACAAAGCAAAUUCUUUGGAAGCACCUCUUCCAAAUUUAUUUCAAAAAUUUACAUCUAAAGACGAAAUAAAUUUCGAUAUUAGCUGUAGUCGAGCAAAGGAUUUGCCAACUGAAACUUGUUCGUGGAUAAUGGAUCUUAUGGAAAGAAACAUGAAAAAAAGUUAUGAAUCAUCAUCCUGGGGAUGGAACGCAGAUAAAAAAAGACAGGAAUUGUUUGACUCUACAGCUUGGCAGUUGGUUGCGAGCACCAACAGUGUCUAUGUUGGCUUUUCUCAUUUUCGAUUCGACGUAGACGAUGAUAGAGAAGUUUUAUAUUGUUACGAACUGCAAUUAGAAUCUUGUGCAAGAAGAAAAGGACUUGGUCGAUUUAUGAUGCAAGCAUUAGAAUCAAUGGCCUUACAAAAUAAAAUGCAAAAAGUAGUUUUAACUGUAUUUAAAAGUAAUACAUCAGCAGUUGCAUUUUUCCAUAGUCUGGGUUACAAACUGGAUAUCACGAGCCCCAACGAUGAACAUUACGUGAUUUUGAGUAAGUUAUGCAGAGAUUGAACUACAGCAUUACAAACUUUUAUUGAAUUCCACUUGAAUUACUUUUUAAUGUUUGUUUACUAUGAAUGAGAUCUGUAGGAAAGUGUUGCUAAAACUUGAUGCGGACAAAGAUGAACUAAAGACGAUUUCUUCGUUACUCC